GGCCAGUUGGAUAAUUGAAUAGAGCAGCGGUGGCGGUGAAGGGCGUGGGCUUCCAGAACUGUUAUCUCGACGCGCGGCACAGGAGGAAUCGGAUCAAGAUGCAGACGAGUGUGGUCAUGACGGCGGUGGUGACGUUGGCAGCGGUUUGUUUGGCGGGAGUGAGCGCGACGCCAGCACAGAAUAUGCUACGGGUGGUGAGCGAGGUGCACGCGCAUCCGGAUGUCUUUGUGAAUGGUGAGGAGAAGCGAGCGAAGCGGCAUGGACACUGCCACGAUACGGGCGCCGAGAACGAGGACCCCGUGUGCGCAUCCAACGGCAGGCAGUAUUUGAACGACGAGGUGUUCGAGUUCCACAAGUGCCUCAUUCAGGCAGAGUACGGCGAGAUUAUCGAGAUCGUGGACAUGGAUAUCUGCAGAAACGCCAAGAAGGAGGACGACGAACACCCGGACGUCCCCGAUAUCGACUACAUGUAAGAGGUAUUCGUCGACAAAGUAUUUGGUGGACUAAGGACUCGGCCACGCGACGUUUACAGCCGUGAGCCGGGCUGUUUCGACGAUGGAGCGUCGAGGAGGACCGAGAAGUUAUUGAGUACGUUCGCUGUGGCGAGUACGUAUAGACAGCGUUGGGUUAGCAUUUGGUGCGGAGAGCUUCGCGUUCGAUGGAUAGCGUGGAGAUCCGACCGAACUGGUCAAGUGCGCGUCCCUGUAGGAUAAUGCAACUACUUAAAAACAUGAAUGAAACAAGCUUGAAAAUGGCUGCGUUUCAACCUACACA